AUGGCGGGAAUGGAGCAGCUCGAGGUCCACAGCAAGUCCUACCUUGUCCGCUGGGUGAACGUGCCUGCUGGGCACACCAUAUCCUGGAGCGUCCAGCCUCACAAGAAAUCCAUCAACUUUGGCAUCUUCAAGCACCCCGGUGCCUCCUCCUCCUCCGCCGCCACACCCAAUGUCCAAUCCCAACUCUUUGAAGGAGGUCCCGCCACACCAUCCCUCGAGGUCCCCAACACACGUAGCCGCGGCUUGUCGACCUCGCGCAACGAUCGAACCGUCGUCUUCGAGAAACUGUCAGCAAUUGGGCUGAAACAGGUACAAUGGACAGGGAAAUGCGAGGCGGAGAAGGUGUCCUUGGGCACGUACGAUGUACCGGACGGCGGGGGUGGUAUGUACGGGUUGGUCUUUGACAACACCUUCUCCAAGACGGUUUCGAAGACGGUCACAUUCGUGCUCAUGACAUAUCCCACCAAUGCCCCGCCAAAGACAGGACACCACAUGCACUACGCGCAGACAAUGGCUGGCGCGAGCUCCACGAGCUUAGGCAAAGGAAGUCCUUCCAUUGGACCCAUUGCAGAUUCGUCGGAAUCCUUACCUAGAGAUCUACUGGGAGCAAAGGCAGCAAUCGCCGAACGACCAAAAUCGUCCCAUGGAACCCUCGAUCCUGCCCCUUCGUCCAACUCCUCCUUUCUCACGGGAGUGUUACAGAAGAAGAGGCGAAAGAGAAAUCAAGGUUUCGCGAGGCGAUUCUUCUCUCUGGAUUUCACGUCAUCGACACUAUCCUACUAUCGCAACGACCAUUCAUCAGCGCUACGGGGAGCGAUCCCGCUUUCUCUAGCAGCCGUGGGAGCAAAUGAAAAGACAAGAGAGAUAUCGGUCGAUUCGGGAGCGGAGGUAUGGCAUUUGAGGGCGAACAACGCAAAGGAUUUCACCAUGUGGAAAGAUGCACUCGAACGCGCCUCUCGUUCCGCAGGAAUCGCGUCUCCUACUCUACAAACGAAAGAUCUCUCCUUGGGUCGGUUACCACAGGUCUUGAACGAGGCAGAAGAACGAGAAUGGGCACGUGUGGAAUCGCUGGUGGGAAGGAUCGCCGGCACGAGAGAUGCCGUUCGAAGGCUUGCGCAAGACACAGAUCCAAAGUACUCUUCAGGUACGGUAGGCCAAUCUACGACCGGCCUGGGCAUAAGCAAGUUACACGACGCGUUCUCUCCCAGUCCCUCGGAGUCGGAAAACAACGAAUACUUCCCAGAUGAUAGGAGCUCCGACAAGAAGCCAUCGUCAUUUUGGAAGCGCAAAGCAAGCAGCUCGGGCAGCCAGAGUCCAUCUGGCCUGUUCAGAAGAAGCGUCUCCGCACAAGUGGCGGUUGGUUCCCCGUCACACGCACCUCCCGUUCCUCCUAUUCCCUCGAACCUAGCAACAGUGCCCGCGAAUGGUACCCUCGCUGUACCUAAACGAAAUGACCGAUCUGCCGCGCACGAACCUCAGGAAGAGGGCAUGCAUGACCACUGCAUGUCAUUGCUCCGCGAUCUGGAUAGCGUUGUCACGGACUUCACCAUUCUGAUAGCAGAGAGUCGCCUGAGACGAACGCCGGCACCUAUGUCAGCUGUCUCACGACGCAGUAUGGAGUCGGAUGGUUCCGACGAGUUCUUUGAUGCUUACGACGGUGGCGUGGGCAAGUCUCAGAUUCUCACGAUAAGACGUGAUAGCGAAGACGACGAGCACGAACCCGAACACGCUCAUGAUGAUGUCUCAGAUGGAGAGUCAGAGUCCUCGAGCGAGGCAGGGGGCGCUGGCACUUUCGACCGCGAACGUUUCUCUAUGGACGUUAGACCCUCGAUCUACCCGACGAAGCCAAAGUCUCUCACUCCUCUACCUCUCCAGCCUGUGAACCGCCGCAAGACAGUCGCCCCUCCGAAAGGCCAACCUCCCUCGCUCAUUGCUUUCCUUCGCAAGAAUGUCGGCAAGGAUCUCUCUACCAUUGCCAUGCCCGUGACAGCCAACGAACCUACAUCUGCCCUCCAACGACUUGCAGAACAGCUUGAAUACACCGAACUCCUCGACCAAGCCGCGAACGUCAGCGCCGAAACAGGCGAGCGACUUGUCUACAUCGCCGCAUUCGCGAUCUCCGCCUUCAGCAACGCCCGCGUCAAGGAGCGAGCCAUCCGCAAACCCUUCAACCCCAUGCUCGGCGAGACAUUCGAGCUAGUCCGCGAAGACAAGGGCUUCCGCUUCAUCGCCGAGAAGGUAGUCCACCGCCCCGUGCGCAUGGCCUGCCAGGCCGAAUCCCAGCACUGGACCUUCAUUCAAUCCCCCACGCCCGUCCAGAAAUUCUGGGGCAAGAGCGCCGAACUCAACACGGACGGCCGCGUCCGCGUCUUCUUCCACGCCUCAGGCGAGCACUACUCCUGGACGAUCGCGACCUCCUUCCUCCGCAACGUCAUCGCGGGCGAGAAGUACAUCGAACCCGUCGGCACCAUGACCAUCAUGUGUGAAAACACGGGCGCCAAAGCCGUCUGCACCUUCAAAGCAGGCGGCAUGUUCGCGGGACGCAGCGAAGACGUCUCCGUGCAAGUCUUCGACGAGACGGGCUCCAUCCUCCCCAUGGGCCUCGUCGGCAAAUGGACCACAUCCCUCGACCUCACAUCCAACGGCCAACCCGCGGGGAAAACCGUCUGGACCGCGGGAUCCCUCGUCGACAAGCCAGCCCAGCAUUUCGGCUUCACGUCAUACGCGGCUGCGCUCAACCAGAUCACCGCCAUCGAGCAGGGACACAUCCCGCCGACCGACACGCGCCUGCGGCCCGACCAGCGCGCCUACGAGGACGGCGACAACGACCGUGCGGAGGCGCUCAAGGCGAAGCUGGAAGAGCGCCAGCGUGCGCGGAGAAAGGUCAUGGAGGACCACGGCCAGGAGUGGAGUCCGAGGUGGUUCGCCAAGGUCAGCGAGGAGGACGCCAUCGCGCUGGGCGGCGAGGAGGUGUGGCGGCUCAAGGGCGGGAAGGAGGGUUACUGGGAGUGUAGGGAGGAGGGGAGGUGGGAGGGCGUCACGGAGGUGUUCGAGACGUGA